GUUUCAUGAGCCUCCAGAGCUUGACUAAUAAGAUCUAAUAUCACGAUUGUCGCUCUCAAUAAUCAAGAAGAACAAUCCAAAUUCGAGCUUCCCCUGGCGCUAUAGAUUCUCGUCGCUUGCUAUCUUCCUCGAGUGUCGUUACACAAGAGUUUAGUAUGCAUGUGGUUACGCGGAAGCCGAGCCGCCAAAAUACUGACCAGUUACGCGCUCCAUCCGUCGUGAAACGGGGUUAAAGAACUUGAAGUCCCAUUCCAUCACCGAUAAGGAGCGUGUUCGUGGAACGCUUUCCCUAGGAGAAGGAUGCAUGAUCAGUCUUUUCUUCUUUCGCAUCAUCUGGAGUAGACGGGGCCUUUUCCCUUUUCUCUUGCCAUGGAUUCAGUCCAAUCUUUUCGCCUUUCCGGCCUUUUUAUCUCAGCGUUGUCAGACGAUCACUCUCAAAACCCCAAACACUACUGUGCUUUGAGAUGGAAGGACGGUAUUCGUUGAGAGAACCUCUCCUUAGAUCUCCCGCCAGGCUUCCACACCUUAUGUUUUGGUAGACCAUGACGGAAAUACCAUGAAAGGUUGCCGUGCACCAGAACGAAAAUUGAUGGGAUGUCCUCUUGGCUUGCAUCCCUCCUCAUUCCGACCGGAUUUCCGUUCAAGAGACCUCGUUCUUUGUCUCCACCCGUUUUCGCCUCCGUUUUCGCCUUCUCAGAAAUGGCCAGGAACUCUACCCAGCUGAAAAAGUUGACGUUCACUCAAGCGUCGGGGAAGGGUUCUUUUCCUAAAGACCGUUCUUUCUUGGACUUACUUUCUGUUCAGCAUUUCAAACACGCCUUCCUCCACCUCACGAUAGAGCCCUUCAUCUUUUGCUCUCAUCAUCGUCCAGUUCCGGUGAAGGAAAUCGAUCCUUAUAUCGACUGGCUCACGAACGAGGUUGGUCUCUCGACCUAG